GGGCGCUCUGUCAGAAAUUCAAAUUUCCAAUUGAAAUUUUCGUACAAGUAUUUUCAUUUUCUUUCGUGUCUGGUUUUGCCAUUUGAAUGAUUUGAAUAAAAAUACUAAUUCCAUACCAGGACCUUAUGGUUAAUCUGCAUUUGCACCAUCUUAAGAGAUCGUUUUCGGUGUGGUGAAAGUUGACAACUGGUGUCUUGGAUUUUACUGACGCAGAGGGCCAAGGAUGGCUGUUGCACGGAUUUCCAACCUUUACAGGGCUGUGUCGGCAGCCGUACCAGCUUCUGCAGCCCUCCAGAAUCUGGCAUUUCCGGCCCACUCCAGGCUUUUACACAGUUCAGCUGUCCAGUCUUUCCCAGUGCAGGCACCGGUGGCAAAACCAGAGAGACGCUAUCCUGUAACUAUUAUACCAGGUGAUGGAGUGGGUCCGGAAUUGAUGUGGGCUGUUCGAGAGGUCUUCGACAGUAUCAGUGUUCCUAUUGAUUGGGAGGAAUAUUUUUUGAGCGAGGUGGCGUUCUCGCGCAGUGACUCAAUUGACGAUGUGGCUACGUCCAUCCGCAAGAACGGGGUGUGUUUGAAGGGCGCCCUGCAGUCAGGUUUCGAGGGCAAGGACGGUGAACUGGCUACCCUCAACACGAAGCUCCGCAGAAAACUGGAUUCUUUUGCCAGUGUUGCCAAUAUUAAGAGCUUGGAUGGUCUGAAGACACGACACACGAAUGUGGAUUUUAUUAUUAUCCGGGAGACAACGGAAGGCGAGUACAGUGCCAUCGAGUAUGAGGCUGUGCCUGGCAUUGUGGAGAGUCUGAAAGUGGUCACUCGCGACAAGUCUAUGCGUAUUGCGAAGUUCGCCUUUGACUACGCUGUGCGCAACAAUCGCAAACGAGUCACAGCGGUACAUAAAGCUAACAUUAUGAAACUGAGUGAUGGACUGUUCCUGGAGUGUUGUGCGAAGAUUGCGGAUUUAUAUCCUCGGAUCAAAUUCAACAAUAUGAUCAUUGAUAAUGCCUGCAUGCAGCUGGUCAACAAUCCGCAUCAGUUUGAUGUUAUGGUGAUGCCAAAUUUAUACGGAAACAUCAUUGAUAAUUUGUCUGCUGGUCUCGUCGGUGGAGCCGGUGUGGUGCCGGGAGAGAGUUAUUCCCAUGAUUCGGUCAUUUUUGAAACGGGGGCUCGUCAUUCUUAUGCCGAAGCCGUGGGAAAAAACAUUGCAAACCCCACCGCCAUCUUGCUUACAGCGUGCAAUAUGCUUCGGCACCUGAAUCUCGACUACCACGCAAAUAUUAUUAGAGACGCGGUUCACCGAGUGAUUAAGGCUCAGAAAGUUAGGACAAAAGAUCUGGGUGGACAUGCGAAGUCGACUGAUUUUGUCAGAGCUGUUAUAAGUAACGUGAAAUUUUAAGCUUAAUGGAAAAAUAGUUCUUUAAUGUAUCUGACUCGUUUUAUUUGGCACUUUUCGCGACGUGAUGAUGGUACUUAAUAAUUUAACUGGUGUAGCUAAAUUGUUCGGUUGUUUUUACUUUGUGUUCGUGGAUUGGUAUUUCAUGUUAAUAAAUCUGCAGUCCCGG